GUCACUUUCAACCCCAUGCUGUAUGGGCACCAGCUGGGUAUUACGGUUUUACCGUAGUGAUUUGUCAACCAUCGUCUGUUACAUUGAAAGGAAACAUAUCCGUCCAGGUGAACGUGGGUCUAUAUGUGAAAAGGACUUUUUUUAAAUCACUGUAGACCCUUGUCUGAGCCAAGUACAAUUGCAAUUGUAAGUUCAACAUGGCUGAGCAGAACGCACCAUCGGCGACAUUUUGUUACUUCCGGGGUGCCCGUUUUCCCAGUCCUCCGGUGAGUCCGCAAGGGCUGGAGCUGGUGGAAUCGUUUGGAGUCCGAGACGACGACGUUUUCGUGUCCGCCUUCCGUAAGUCAGGAACGACAUGGACACAACAGAUCGUAUCACUCGUGACCACCGGAAGUAAUAUCAGCGAGGUCAGUCGAAUCCCCUUGGGAAAACGGGUUCCGUGGCUGGAGAGAGCUGGCCUUCACGCAGAUGCGCCCCCUAUCAUCUCACAGCUGAAAGACAGCCCCUCCCCACGGCUGAUGAAGACCCAUCUGCCCUACAAUAUGCUGCCUAAACAAGCUCGAGAAGGGAAAGGAAAGAUCGUCUAUUGCGCCCGGAACCCGAAAGAUGUGGCUGUAUCACUAUACAACAUGAGGCAGAUAAACGACAUGCUGCAACUCCUAACCUGGGAAGAGGCACUUCACGACUUUCUCUCAGAGCCACCCGCAAACUUAUGGUGGAACGUGAUUCCCGAGUACUGGUGUCACAAGGACGACGACAACCUCCUGUUUAUCAAGUACGAAGACAUGAAAAAGGACCUCCGCGGCCAUGUGGUGAAGAUUGCAGAGUUCCUGGGAAGGAGUCUCACAGAGGAACAGAUAGACGAAGUGACGGCCAACUGUACUUUUGCCGCCAUGAAGGAAAACCAGGCAACAAACGUGUCGCGUGAUCCUCUUAUACAGGAGAAGAUGUUGAAGCGUGGGAAGGAAAAAGGAAUUGAGUUCGUGCGAAAAGGGCAGGUUGGUGACUGGAGGAACUGGUUCUCUCCGCAGCAGCUGGAGACAUUCGAGGCUUUCCACCGGGAGAAAAUGGCGGAAACAGAUCUCACUUUUGAAGACGAAGAAUAGAUUUAACACAUCGGAU